ACUGGGGUUGGUGGGGGGGGGGGGGGUGCUUCCUACGUUGCCCAAGCUGGUCUCGAACUCCCGAGACUCUAGCCAUCCUCCCGCCUCGGAACUCCCAAAGUGCUGGGAUUGCAGGUUUGAGCCACUGCACCUAGUCAAUUUGCAGUCCUUUUUUUUUGAGACAGGGUUUCGCUCUUGUUACCCAGGCUGGGGUACAAUGGCGCGAUCUCGGCUCACAGCAACCUCCGCCUCCUGGGUUCAGGCAAUUCUCCUGCCUCAGCCUCCCGAGUAGCUGGGAUUACAGGCACGCGCCACCAUGCCCAGCUAAUUUUUGUAUUUUUAGUAGAGACGGGGUUUCACCAUGUUGACCCGGGUGGUCUCGAUCUCUUGACCUCGUGAUCCACCCGCCUCGGCCUCCCAAAGUGCUGGGAUUGCAGGUUUGAGCCACCGCGCCCGGCCAAUUUGCAGUCUUAAAAAAACAACUUAAGUUCCUCGCACGCACACGAUUGUCACAGUAGGCCUCUAAUACGGGUAGUGAGGGGGGCCAUUAAAGUUGGGGAAGCUGAGGUUCAAAGCCAGAUGGGACCUUCAUCAGUCUAGACACAUGGCUGUGCCUUUCAGCCUGAUGCUAUUAGAGGCGGCUUUGGGCGGAUCUGGCAACAAGAAAGCCCCGGCCGGGACAGUCGUCUGCAGAUGGAAAGGACUGAAGGCCCCUGAGGUUCCAAGGCGGCUUAGUAAGAGAGGCGGGACGAGGGCGCCUGGCUUCGGCUGGAGCGAUAACCAGAUCUGGAUUCCACAAGAGCCCGACCCUGGAGCCAAAGCCGGACUUGAUCAGAAGAGACAGAACAGCGAACCGAUUUCCAAACGGAGCGAGUGCGAAGGGAAAUCCUGGAGUAUCGACUGGACCUUGGAACGGAGCCGUAGAGUAAACCGGACACAACAGUGAACAACCUAGUGCACACCAGCUCCUGCGCAUUGAGCCUUCUGGGUUUAUUCCGAGCCAGACCGUUGGCGCCAACGGACGCAAGCGCGUCUAAGGCGGCGGUGUUCAAGAGUGGGCGGGGUCGGGAGUGCUCCGGCGCACGCGCGCUGCACCGCCCAAGCGUGCGGCCCCUCCCGCACCUGCGCAGCGAGACCGCCACGGGAGGGCGGGGCCUCCUGCGUCGUCCGGCGCUAGGGGGAUUGUGGGAUAGUGGCGGAGGGAGCCGGGCGUCGGAGGGCCAGAGGAGGGCCGCACGGCUCGGAGACUGAGCGGUUUUGGGGAAGGGGUGGUUAAGGAAGUAGGCUUCGGCGUCCGUCGAUCGCUGCUCGGCUCUGUGCCCGUUUGGACCGCGGAGGAGGACGUCUUGCCCUCCCGCCAGGCGCUGGGUCGGGCUGUGGAAACCGGAGCGACUUCCCCCGUUUUCCCGGCUGAGGCGCCUGCGCGGGCCUCGCGACCCGGCUCACCCGCGACCCGCCUUGGCCCGCGCGCCCACCUCGCCCGCGGACCCCGGAGGCGCCCACGCGGACUCGCGACCCCCCUCCGCCCGCCCCCGACACCACCCGGCGCUGACCCCGUCAACUCUGCGGGACCCGGCGCGCGAGGCCCCCACGACCCGCAGGCGCUUGCGCGGACCCCGUGAGCCCCGGCGCCUGCGCGAGCCCCCGAGGCCGCCCCCGCCCCCACUUACCGGGCCCCGCAGCAGGGGCCGGAGCCGCCGGCGGCGGGGCGGGGGGGGCGCCCCGAUGAGCCCCGAGUGCGAGGAGCCGCCGCCCCCCCUCGCAGAGGCACCUGGGAGCGGGACUUCUCUGGAGCAGCCACCCUUCUGGCCUGCUGAGGGCAGGCAGGGCGCCUGGCGCUGGGCACUGAGGAGAGGGCAUCAGCCCCAGGCCCUGCUGGAGGUGGGGCCGGUCCUUGGAGGGGGGACAGAGGCAGAGCCGGACAGUCACAAGUCCUGUGUGUUGUGAUCGAGGGCGCCAUGUUUUGGAAGUUUGACCUGCACACAAGCUCGCACCUGGACACGCUGCUGGAGCGGGAGGACCUGAGCCUGCCCGAGCUGCUGGACGAGGAAGACGUGCUGCAGGAGUGCAAGGUCGUCAACCGCAAGCUGCUGGACUUCCUGCUGCAGCCGCCCCACCUGCAGGCCAUGGUGGCCUGGGUCACCCAGGAGCCGCCAGCUAGCGGCGAGGAGCGGCUACGCUACAAGUACCCCAGUGUGGCCUGUGAGAUUCUGACCUCAGACGUGCCCCAGAUCAAUGAUGCCCUGGGUGCUGAUGAGUCCCUCCUGAACAGCCUCUACGGUUUCCUGCAGAGUAGCGGCAACCUCAACCCGCUGCUGGCCAGCUUCUUCAGCAAGGUCAUGGGCAUCCUCAUCAACCGCAAGACAGACCAGCUCGUGUCCUUUCUUCGGAAGAAGGACGACUUCGUAGAUCUGCUGCUGCAGCACAUUGGCACCUCGGCCAUCAUGGACCUCCUGUUGCGCCUGCUCACCUGUGUGGAGCGGCCCCAGCUGAGGCAGGACGUUGUCAAUUGGCUCAACGAGGAGAAGAUCGUCCAGCGGCUGAUUGAGCAGAUUCACCCAUCAAAGGAUGAGAAUCAACAUUCCAACGCAUCCCAGUCCCUGUGCGACAUCAUCCGCCUGAGCCGGGAGCAGAUGAUCCAAGUCCAGGACAGCCCAGAGCCUGACCAGCUGCUGGCCACCCUGGAGAAGCAAGAGACUAUCGAGCAGCUCUUAAGCAAUAUGUUUGAGGGGGAGCAGAGCCAGUCCGUCAUCGUCAGCGGGAUCCAGGUGCUGCUGACCCUGCUUGAGCCCAAGAGGCCCAGGUCCGAGUCCAUGACCAUGAACAACUUCUUCAGCAGUGUGGAUGGGCAGCUGGAGCUCCUGGCCCAGGGGGCCCUGGAAAGCGCUGUGUCCAGUGUGGGUGCCCUGCAUGCCCUGCGCCCACGGCUCAGCUGCUUCCACCAGCUCCUACUGGAGCCUCCUAAGCUGGAACCGCUACAGAUGACAUGGGGCACCCUUUCUCCGCCUCUGGGCAACACGCGGCUGCACGUGGUCAAGCUCCUGGCUAGUGCCCUGAGCGCCAAUGACACGGCCCUGACGCAGGAGCUCCUGGCACUGGAUGUGCCCAACACCAUGCUGGACCUCUUCUUCCACUAUGUCUUCAACAACUUCCUGCAUGCCCAAGUGGAGGGAUGCGUGAGCACCCUGCUGAGCUUGGGGCCACCUCCUGACAGCAGCCCCGAGAUGCCCAGCCAAAACCCCGUUGUGAAACAUCUGCUGCAGCAGUGCCGCCUGGUGGAGCGGAUCCUGACCUCCUGGGAGGAGAACGAUCGUGUACAGUCUGCAGGGGGUCCUCGGAAAGGCUACAUGGGCCACCUGACGAGAGUGGCCAACGCCCUGGUGCAGAACAUGGAGAAGGGGCCCAAUGUGGAGCAGCUGGGGCAGCUGCUGAAGGAGCUUCCCAGUGAGCAGCAGGAGCAGUGGGAAGCCUUUGUAUCGGGACCCCUGGCGGAGACCAACAAGAAGAACAUGGUGGACCUGGUGAACACCCACCACCUACACUCCUCCAGUGAUGAUGAGGACGACCGGCUCAAGGAGUUCAACUUCCCUGAGGAGGCUGUGUUGCAGCAGGCCUUCAUGGACUUCCAGAUGCAGCGCAUGACCUCUGCCUUCAUUGACCACUUUGGCUUCAAUGAUGAGGAGUUUGGGGAGCAGGAGGAGAGUGUGAAUGCGCCUUUUGACAAGACAGCCAACAUUACCUUCUCCCUCAAUGCCGAUGAUGAGAAUCCCAACGCCAACCUACUUGAGAUAUGCUACAAGGAUCGCAUCCAGCAGUUUGAUGAUGAUGAGGAAGAGGAGGAUGAGGAAGAGGGCCACGGCUCAGGGGAGUCUGAUGGAGAAGAUGGUGCCUGGCAGGGCAGCCAGCUGGCCAGGGGUGCCCGUUUGGGCCAGCCCCCAGGUGUCCGGAGUGGAGGCAGCACAGACAGUGAGGACGAAGAAGAGGAGGAGGAGGAGGAGGAGGAAGACGAGGAGGGCAUUGGCUGUGCAGCCCGUGGAGGGGCCACCCUGCUGUCCUACCCCAGUCCUGGUCCUCAGCCUCCAGGCCCCGGCUGGACCGCCACCUUUGACCCAGUGCCUACGGAUGCCCUGACCAGCCCCCGAGUCUCCGGGGAGGAAGAGCUGCACACUGGGCCUCCAGCCCCACAGGGGCCCCUCAUUGUGCCCCAGGGCUUCCCCACCCAGAGCCUGGCCAGCCCUCCAGCUCAUGAUGCCCUGCAGCUCAGGUCUCAGGACCCCACAAACCCCUCAGCACCUCAGGAAGCCAUGGACGGCAGCAAAGUCGUGGAGCCCUCAGCCCCCUGCCAGGCCUUGGUCAGCGUCGGGGACCUCCAGGCCACCUUCCACGGGAUCCGUUCUGCCCCCAACUCCUCGGACAGUGCAACCAGAGACCCCUCUACCUCUGUCCCAGCCUCCGGGGCCCACCAGCCCCCACAGACCACAGAUGGGGAGAAGAGCCCAGAGCCUUUGGGGCUUACCCAAAGCCAGAGUGCCCAGGCCCUCACACCUCCUCCAGUGCCCAAUGGCUCUGCCCCGGAAGGGCCUGCAUCACCGGGCUCUCAGUAGCUGCCUGGUGUGGCAGCAGCUGCCAAAUCAUCCGUCCUCCCAUGGAUCUCCCAGGGUGGGGGCAGGGCGAGUCCCAUGAUGGCCCCCGUUGCCCUCAUCACCUGACCCCCCCACAUUCUCUCCUUUGGACCCCCAGGAGGCUGGUGCCAGGGAGACAGGCCCAACCCAACCCCAUUUGCACUGAGAAUAGAAGUUUUGGAGCAUUGCCUCCUAGAAUAAAGAUAAAGAGAGUCAAAUAGAGAGAAUGGAGAGAGAGAAAUGUCUAUUAUAUAUUAUAUAAAGAGAGAGAGGGAGGAGAGGGAGGAGAGGGAUAGAAGGUGAGAACACCGAGCUGGGCUGGCGGCCCGAAGCACAGCUUCCCGUCCUGUCCCAGUGGGGGCUGGUGGUAGGGGUCCAAGGUUGCCGCCCACGUGCCCAGCCAUCCUACGCUCAGGCACAGAUGGCCAUGCCCACACCCGGCCUUUCAGCUCAGGUCCACCAUGAGGGACAGCCCAGUGAGGGUGGGGGUGCCAGAGGGUCCCGCGUGGGGGCCGUGCCUUUGCCCAGACCCUGCACUUUCAACCAGGCCAGCCCGGCUCUGGGGAGCAGGGGCCUCCCCGGCAACACCCCCAGGGUCCCUGAGGGUCUGGGGUCCCAGCCCUGUUGCCAAGUGGCCUUGUCCAAGCUCCUUCCUCCCAGGCUGGUGUGAGUGUGUGUGCGUUCGUGCCGAGCUUCUAUUUCAUAUUGCAAAUAUAAAUAAAGGAAGACAGUUUACGA